UUACAAUACAAUACAUUACCGGCUUCCGAUCCGGCAAAGGGCAGUCCCAUAAUCAGUCCGGAUAAGCACUUAGUCGGCUCUUCCCUAUCUGAUGUAGCCGAAUGGCGAUAUGCUGCUUGUUUAAUUUAAUCUCCAAACCCUCUUCUUUCUCUCAAUAUCUCAAUUACUUCUGAUAUAACAUCUUAUAUAGUACUGCAGGAUGACGAGACCGUCCCCUGCAGUCGCGGCAUUCCGCCCGCUUUGGCGGCGGAAUUUCUCCGUAUCAACAUCAAAACGCGCGAUUGAUAAAUUAUGCCCCUCUGCGAACGAAGCCGUCCAGGACAUGAAGGGUCCUUCGACCCUCUUGGUUGGUGGAUUUGGUUUUUCUGGUGUCCCGAACACCCUGAUCAAUGCGGUGCGUGAUCGUCCUGAGGUCAAAGGUCUUACGGUUGUUUCGAAUAAUGCGGGCAUGCCCGGUGCUGGUCUCGGGCAAUUGCUUGAAACUGGUCAGAUCAGCAAGAUGAUUGCGUCCUUUAUCGGUGAAAACAAAGUCUUCGAGAAAAUGUAUCUCAGCGGCGACCUCUCCCUCGAACUCACCCCCCAAGGCAGCAUUGCAGAGAAGUGUGCCUCUGGUGCUGCCGGUGUCCCGGCUUUCUACACCCCUGCGGCUUAUGGAACGAUUAUACAAACUGGUGAACUCCCCGUACGUUAUAACAAGGACGGAACUGUUGCAGAAAAGUCAAAACCCAAGGAAACUCGUGUUUUCAACGGCAAGGAAUACGUUUUGGAAGAAGCCAUCUUCGGUGACUACGCUCUGGUCAAAGUACACAAGGCCGACAAGUUGGGCAACUGCCAGUUCCGCAAGGCGAUGAACAACUUCAACGAGGCUAUGGCGAAGAACGCCAAGUAUACUAUCGUCGAAGCGGAACACAUUGUCGACGUUGGUGAAAUCGAUCCGGAAAAUGUUCACUUGCAGGGUAUCUAUGUCAACAAGGUCGUUCAGAGCACUGAGAAGACCAUGGUUGAGAAGGCUACCUUUGCCAAGGACCCUGCUGAGAUGCUCAAGGCUGGCUCCGGUGACGCUACUGUCCGUCGGGAACGUAUCGUCAAGCGUGCCGCCAAGGAGUUCAAGGACGGAAUGUAUGUUAACCUUGGUAUCGGUAUGCCUUUAAUCGCUCCUUCGUAUCUCCCCGAGGGUGUUGAGGUUGUCCUCCAGGCCGAGAAUGGUAUCCUGGGUCUGGGUGGCUACCCCCAGCCUGGUGAGGAGGACCCCGACCUUAUUAACCCUGGCAAGGAGACUGUUACUUUGGGCACUGGUGCCUCGCUUUUCGGUUCUCACGAGAGUUUUGGUAUGAUCCGCGCUGGUCGUAUUGAUCUCACUAUGCUUGGUGCUCUGCAGGUCAGCCAAUAUGGAGACCUCGCCAACUUCAUGCUUCCCGGUAAGGUCAAGGGUGUCGGUGGUGCCAUGGACCUGGUCGCCAACCCCAAGAAGACCAGGGUCGUUGUGACUAUGGAACACGUCGACAAGAAGGGCAACCCCAAGAUCCUUCCUAACUGCUCCUUCCCCCUUACCGGUCCCCGCUGCGUGUGGAAGAUCAUCACCGACCUCGCUGUCUUCAACGUCAGCCCUACUGAGGGUUUGACCCUGGCCGAGCACGCUGAGGGUGUCUCGGUUGAUGAGAUCCGCAGCAAGACUGCUGCUCCUUUCAAUGUUGCCGAUGACUUGAAGCCAAUGCUGUAAAUGUGAUGCGAUGCCGAUGAUGUUAUGUAUAAACAUUAGAUACCUUUUGUAUAGAUUAUAUUGAACACAUUUCAAAACAUGAGUCAAUGUAAGCUCUAAACAGUCAGAGCUUACUCUUAACAUUGACAGUGACCGGUUUCUUGUUGUAAUAUUGGGGUCAUGUCAUGUCUCAGCACCUCCAGUCCCAUAGGCAACU